AUGGCCGCCUCCACAAUGCCGCACCACCUCGCGCUGCUCCUGCUCCUGCUGGCCUCGCCGGCGGCGACGCGUCUAGCAUCCGCCGCCUGCGCGAGCGAGAAGUUCCCAGCGGGGCGAGCGUACGCGACGUGCGAGGACCUCCCGAAGCUGGGCGCGUCGCUGCACUGGACGUACGACGCGUCCAAGAACUCCCUGUCGGUGGCGUUCGUGGCGGCGCCCGCGGCGCCCGGCGGGUGGGUGGCGUGGGGCCUGAACCCGACGGGCGAGGGCAUGGCGGGCACGCAGGCGCUGGUGGCGCUGGCGGGGUCCGGGUCCGCUUCGCCCACCGUGCGGACGUACAACAUCACGGGGUACGUCCCGCUGGGGAAGGCCUCGACGCCGCUCGACUUCCCGGCCACCGACCUCGCCGCGGACGCCGCGGGCAGUGGGGGCAAGAUCCGGGUGUACGGCAAGCUGCAGCUGCGUAAGGGGAUGAAGGCCGUGAAUCAGGUGUGGCAGGUCGGGGCCUCGGCCACCGGCGGCGCCCCCGACAAGCACGCGUUCCAGGCGGAUAACCUCAACGCCAAGAGCAAGCUCGUCCUCGCCGGCAAGGCGGCGGCCGAGGCCCCGUCGCCCUCCCCCGCGCCCGAGGCUGGCGGCCCGGCCACGUCGUCCGGUGGUGGCGCUGGCAGCGACAGCGGCGCGGCAUCGUCCAUUGCGCCGUCCAAGUUGCCUAACGCUGCUGUGGCCGCGGCCGGCGUGUCCGCGCCUGCACUCCUCGUGCUCGCGCUGGUGGGUUUCUUGGCGACGGUAUGA